AUGUUGAACAGUGGGCAAUGGAUAAAACCCAUUAAAACUAAAAUAUACUUUUCAAAUGUUAAGCAAAUUGAAUAUCAAGUGAUUGUGGCUCUCGCUGAUACGUUCAGUUUACAUUUCUAUUUAGUGGAAGGUGUUGAUGCUGCUUUACAAAUUAAAAUUACAGUAAUAAUGCCACUUAAAUUUGCUGUUGUUUGUUCAUCCAAUCAAAAUCGUAGUAUGGAAGCACAUAAUUUUAUGAGUAAACGAGGUUUAAUCAUCAAAUCGUUUGGAUCUGGUGCACAAGUAAAAUUACCGGGACCAUCUUUAGAUAGACCAAAUAUUUAUACAUUUGAUACAUCCUAUGAAUAUAUGUACAAAGAUUUAAUUGCAAGAGAUCAAAAUUUGUAUACACAAAAUGGUGUAUUACAUAUGCUUGAUCGAAAUCGGCGAAUUAAAGAAAAACCCGAACGUUUUCAAGAUUGUCGUGAUCGAUUCGAUAUUGUGUUUACAGUUGAAGAAAGAAUAUUUGAUCAAGUUCUUGAAGAUUUGGAUAAUCGAGAUAAAAAAACAAAUGAAUUGGUUCAUAUAAUUAAUAUCGAUGUUGCAGAUAAUCCUGAAGAUGCCACAUUAGGAGCAUUUAUGCUAUGCGAUUUGGGACAGAAGAUGGAAGCUGUCGAUGAUUUAGAUAAUGAAAUUGAUGAAAUAUUAACUGAAUAUGAAUCUAAAAUAAAAAGGCCAAUAUUACAUGCUGUUUCAUUUUAUUGA